GUCCAAGCCAUAGAUAGUCCCGUCUCGUCGAUCCCGUCGACCGUCCCAUGCCUACUAGCCAUCUUCCUGCACGAGAUCCACACGAGACAAUCUGCGAUCGUUCGCAAGUCUACGAGGCUAUGAUCACACGCUAUUUCAUUCCGUGAGGAUUCUUACCGCCUGAGGUGAAGCCGGUUGCCGAUUUAGAAGAGACGGCACGCGCUCGCUCGAGCAAGGCCACAGAGUGCAUGCAUGAUGCUCACUUGAUAGCACACUCUCGAUGCGGACGACAGAGCUCGCAUCAGCGAUGGAAGAUGACGCAGUCGUCGAGAAAAAGCGAACGCGCAUAACGUUAGCCUGCUCAAGAUGUCGGCAGCGCAAGAUAAAAUGCGACGGUGCUGAUGUUUGCCAACACUGUCAAGUUGCCGGCGUGACUUGCGAGCACGUCCCAGUCUCACAAGAAGAGAAUGAGGCGGCAAGAGCGCGCAAGCAACGAGCAAGGUCUAAGAAAGAGCUUGAGGAGCAGAACAAUCGACCUAAGCUAGAAAGGGCUCUAACGACUGAUGCGCCAACUAGAGCCCGUCCAAGCGUCUUGGAGCGGGCGCAGUCGCUCUCUCCUGGUCGCGACAUGCAUUCGCUGCCAGCCACCAGUGGCUUGCCUAUGCCAUAUCUACAUUCGCCGGUCGAAUCCUUCGUCUCUCCAACUUGGCCCGCUCAACCGGGAGGACUGCCUCGUCACAUGCUCCCAGCUCUGCCGGCUAUCAUUAUUCCGCGCGGCUACCAUUUGUCGCCUGAUCUACCACAGCAGCAAUUACCAUUGCCCGCAGAGACCGUGCAUCCGACUCAAUCGCAUCUGGAUGCACUGAUACGCCACGGUCUUGCUUGCGAGCAGGACUCACAUCGCAUAUCUGCACAUCUCGUCAGGUCGCAUGCGCAGUUGCCUUAUCCGAUUCCAACCAAUCAAGCCGCACAGUCUGUCAUACCGCAAUAUACCCGUGCACAGCCCUCGUCUUCGUCAGCUUCACACCAUCGCGCUCCUUUGACGAGCUCGAUUCCUGCAACCGUUGCUACGACGCCUGCCGAUACCUCUCAGAGCAUUCCAGUCUCGCCCACUAGCUAUUGCACCUGCCAAUUCGGUUCCCGCGGCGCCGGCGUUGCCGUCUCGCCUGCGCCAGCUAGCACAUCUUCAUCACACAGAUCAGAGUCUGAAUAUGCUGCGACCUCGUUUCAGGAAUAUCUACCGGCCUCAUCGCAUGCGCAGCUCACCUCGCUAGAACACAUUUAUCGCCCCGAUUUCGCUCCCCAUCAUCAAUAAUAGGUCUAGGUUCUUCCACAGCGUGCACGAAUAAGUACUCGUGUUGUACUGAAAGCAUCAUUUUUCACAAUGGCAUAAAUCAGGAGCUGCG